AUGCUGUAUGCGACAGGUCUGCAAGAGGAAGAUAUGAACAAGGCGCAAGUGGGAAUUUCCUCUGUCUGGUAUGGCGGGAACCCGUGCAACAUGCACCUUCUCGAACUCAACAACAAGAUAAAAGAGAGCGUGGAAAAAGCUGGACUGCUGGGAAUGCAAUUCAACACGAUUGGUGUGAGUGAUGGAAUCUCAAUGGGAACGAGUGGAAUGCGUUACAGUCUGCAGAGCAGAGAUCUGAUUGCGGAUUCGAUCGAGACGGUGAUGGGAGGUCAGUGGUAUGAUGCGAACAUCAGUAUACCAGGCUGUGACAAGAAUAUGCCGGGUGUCAUUAUGGCGAUGGGAAGAGUCAAUCGGCCUAGCAUGAUGGUCUACGGAGGAACGACUGCGGCCGGCUGUGGCAAGCAGCCCUCGAACAACAAGCUGGAUAUCGUCUCUGCUUUCCAGGCUUACGGUGGAUUCCUGAGUGGACAGAUCAAUGAGGAGGAGCGAUUCGAUAUCAUUCGGCAUGCGAUUCCGUCGUGUGGAGCUUGCGGAGGAAUGUACACCGCUAAUACUCUGGCGUCGGUCAUUGAGGUGAUGGGUAUGACGCUUCCUGGCUCGUCAUCGAAUCCGGCUACGAGCAAGGCGAAGCAAUUGGAGUGCAUGGCUGCUGGACCAGCGAUCAAGAAUCUGCUCAGGGAAGACAUCAGACCAUCGGACAUUCUGACACGGCAAGCAUUUGAGGAUGCCAUGGUUCUCGUGAAUAUUACUGGAGGCUCGACAAAUGCCGUUCUGCACUUGAUCGCCAUUGCGCACAGCGUCGGCAUCGACUUGGACAUUGAAGACUUCCAAGCUGUCACGGAUCGGACACCUUUCCUUGCUGAUCUGAAGCCAUCCGGCAAGUACGUCUUCGAGGAUCUUUACAACAUCGGCGGCACACCCAGCUUAACGAAGUUCUUGCUGAAAGAGGGUCUGCUAGAUGGAAGCCGUAUUACGGUCACUGGAAAGACUCUGAAGCAGAACGUGGAGAAUGCACCUGACUUCCCGGCUGACCAAGACAUAAUUCGGCCAAUCAGCAAUCCUAUCAAGCCUACUGGCCAUAUCUGCAUCUUGCGCGGCUCUUUGGCCCCGGGCGGCAGUGUCGGCAAGAUCACUGGCAAGGAAGGCACCGUCUUUACCGGCAAGGCAAAGUGCUACGAUGCAGAAGAUGACUUCAUUGCAGCGAUGGAGCGCGGAGAGCUGAAGAAGGGCGAGAAGACUGUCGUUAUCAUUCGCUACGAGGGUCCGAAGGGCGGUCCAGGUAUGCCAGAGAUGCUCAAGCCUUCGUCCGCAAUCAUGGGCGCUGGUCUCGGUAACGACGUGGCGCUCAUUACCGAUGGACGUUUCUCGGGUGGUAGCCAUGGUUUCUUGAUUGGUCACGUCACUCCGGAAGCACAAGAGGGCGGACCUAUCGGCCUUGUCAGAGACGGCGACACCAUCACCAUCGAUGCCGACAAGCGCGUGAUUGAUGUUACUGAUGCCAGCGAGGAGGAGCUACAACGCCGCAAGGCAGAAUUCAGGCCACCGCCCUUGAAGUACCAGAAAGGUACAUUGUUCAAGUACUCGAGGAACGUGCGGGAUGCCAGUCAUGGGUGCAUCACUGAUUGGAACCCUACUGGUGUCGAGCAGCAUUAA